AUGACGCGAGGUCGAAAGAAGGAUCUCACUAUACCCCCUUCUCGAGCGUUGACUCAACAACGAGAUUAUCGAGCAAGGAAAGCAUUAUAUCUGUCUCAGCUAGAGAACCGGUGUCAACGGCUGCAAGAGAAAAACGAAAGACUCCAAGCGGAGGUUGCCGCUCUACGGGCAGGCAUCUCUGUUGCAUCUCCUCCAGAUCCUCAACUGACCGAGGCCUCAUCCGAACUCAUGGACAGCCUGGAAUCCACGAAACGAGCUCUCGAUAAAUUCCAAAGCCUUGCUUACAAGGUGGAAGAGAGUCAGAGACCCUCAACGAGCCGUGCCCCCACACCACCGUUUGGUGCAUCCGCUAGGACCCCAUCGUUGCGUCCCGCCUGUUUCCCAUCUCCAGAACCCUCUGAGGGCUCGUUCUGGACUCCUUCCCCCUUGCAACAGACUGACGACAGCCAGUCUGGCUCUGAGAGCUCGUGGCAGGAAGAACAAUACCGACCCCCAGAAUCUCUUCGCAAGAUUUUGUGCAGUCCCAGUGCACAGUCUUCGCCAUCCCUCAGCCUUCGAUCAAUCCAUAUUAGAGAGUCUCCUUCGAGAUCUAGCGACCAGGAUGCCAGGGGACUAGGCCCCUCGUAG